AGCCCCGGUGUGGCAGCGGCUCAUGGCGGCGGUGGGGCCCCCGCAGCAGCAGGUGCGGAUGGCCCAUCAGCAGGUCUGGGCGGCGCUCGAGGUGGCGCUCCGGGUGCCCUGCCUCUACAUCAUCGACGCCAUCUUCAACUCCUACUACGAUUCCAGCCAAAGCCGGUUCUGCAUCGGGCUCCAGAUCUUCCUCCGGCUCCUUGGUAUAUUUGUAUCCAGUAUUGUUCUGAUCUUGUCACAACGAUCACUUUUCAAGUUUUACAUGUACAGUUCAGCCUUUCUAUUAGCUGCAACUUCAGUGUUGGUAAAUUAUUAUGCUUCUUUGCACAUUGACUUCUAUGGUGCCUACAACACAUCAGCUUUCGGAAUUGAGCUGCUUCCUCGAAAAGGGCCCUCGCUGUGGAUGGCACUCAUCGUUCUACAGCUCACCUUAGGAAUUGGAUACAUUACACUAUUACAAAUUCAUUCCAUCUAUUCACAAUUAAUUAUUUUGGAUCUCUUGGUUCCUGUAAUAGGCUUAAUCACAGAGCUCCCAUUACACAUCCGAGAGACUUUAGUUUUUACUUCUUCCUUGAUUCUCACAUUAAACACAGUGCUUGUCUUGGCAGUGAAACUUAAGUGGUUUUAUUAUUCUACACGAUAUGUUUAUCUUUUGGUGAGGCACAUGUAUAGAAUUUAUGGAUUACAGUUAUUACUGGAGGACACAUGGAAGAGGAUUCGUUUCCCAGAUAUACUGAGAGUCUUUUGGCUAACGAGAAUUACAGCUCAGGCUACAGUGUUGGUGUACAUUUUAAGGAUGGCAAAUGAAACGGAUUCCUUCUUUAUUUCUUGGGAUGACUUCUGGGACCUCAUUUGCAAUCUUAUAAUUAGUGGAUGUGAUUCUACACUAACUGUACUGGGCAUGAGUGCUGUAAUUUCCUCAAUAGCCCAUUAUUUGGGCCUUGGAAUAUUGGCCUUUAUUGGAUCAACCGAAGAAGACGACAGGCGGCUUGGCUUCGUAGCACCUGUUUUAUUUUUUAUUUUGGCUCUUCAGACUGGUUUAAGUGGGCUAAGACCAGAAGAGAGACUUAUUCGCUUAAGUAGAAACAUGUGCCUUUUAUUAACUGCAGUCCUGCAUUUCAUCCACGGAAUGACAGACCCUGUAUUAAUGUCUCUCAGUGCCUCUCAUGUGUCAUCUUUCCGUAGACAUUUUCCUGUGCUCUUUGUCUCUGCUUGCCUGUUUAUUCUUCCUGUUUUACUCAGUUACAUUCUUUGGCAUCACUAUGCACUAAAUACAUGGUUGUUCGCAGUUACAGCCUUUUGUGUGGAACUCUGCUUAAAAGUAAUUGUUUCUCUCACUGUGUAUACGUUAUUCAUGAUUGAUGGCUACUAUAAUGUCCUUUGGGAAAAGCUUGAUGAUUAUGUCUACUAUGUUCGUUCAACAGGCAAUAUAAUUGAAUUUAUAUUUGGAGUAGUAAUGUUUGGAAAUGGGGCUUACACUAUGAUGUUUGAGUCAGGAAGUAAAAUUCGGGCUUGUAUGAUGUGUCUACAUGCAUAUUUUAACAUCUACUUACAAGCAAAAAAUGGCUGGAAGACAUUCAUGAACCGUAGGACUGCUGUUAAGAAAAUUAAUUCACUUCCUGAAAUAAAAGGGAGCCGCUUACAAGAAAUAGAUGAUGUAUGUGCAAUCUGCUAUCAUGAGUUUACAACAUCUGCUCGCAUCACACCAUGUAAUCAUUACUUCCAUGCACUUUGCCUUCGGAAAUGGCUGUACAUCCAAGAUACUUGUCCAAUGUGCCAUCAGAAAGUGUACAUCGAAGAUGAUAUUAAGGAUAAUUCAAAUAUAUCUAACAACAAUGGAUUUAUUGCACCCAAUGAAAAUCCAGAGGAAGCUGUAAGAGAAGCUGCUGCUGAAUCUGACAGGGAAUUGAAUGAAGAUGACAGUACAGAUUGUGAUGAUGAUGUUCAAAGAGAAAGAAAUGGAGUGAUUCAGCACACAGGCCCAGCAGCUGAAGAACUUAAUGAUGAUACUGAUUAAAAUAGCAUUUACUAAUCAUUGAGGUUAUUUGUUUAAAAUUCAGUUCAUCCAAAAUGGAGUAAUAUGCUUCACUUCAGUGUGUAACCAAGCACAAAAACAGUAUCCAUGUUGAAUCUGUGAAUGGUUUUCCGUUUACUGUGAUGUGCUACUGUAAAUAUACCUCUUUAAUUACUUCUGGUCUCUUUGGUGACCUAUUUAAAUUUGUGUACAUUAUUGUACAUAGAAUAAAAUGUUUUCACGUUUU